AUGGUAAUUUAUCUUUGGCGUUGCCUAACACGGCUUACCCGGUUUCCAACACUAGCCACAAGGUCGCGAAGGGAAAUAAAUUACUAUUUGAAACCAAACGCUUAUUCUAGCGCCAAUUUCAGUGCUUUAUCAAAUAAAAGCUUCGUUGAUCCUGCGAAAAUGUCCUUGACACCCAGAGAAUCGGGCGACUACAUCAUUGAGAAUGCCAAGCAUGUGCGUGUCCUGCCAGCUGGCAUUGAGAAACUAACUCAAGAAAUCCUUAAAGCUCUGAAAGAAAAGCGGCUCAGCGUAGAAAACUUUUCGCAACAUGAGCUCCAUCCCAAUCCAGACUCCAAUCAACCGGAAGAUUAUACAAAGGCAGCCGAUUGGGUGUUCGUUUUAGACACUUUGAACUUUUGUUUUUGGACGCCCGAUAACUACACCAAAUACAAGGUCAAUGGAUAUACCGGCUACUUCGCCUUGUGCGCGGCUGUCAAAAGAGCCAUAAACGAUGGUGUGGACAUAACCAAUCCCAAAUACUACUCAGAGAUAGAUCUGAAGACUUUGAAAGAGAUAUUUCGUUCUGACGACGGGGACACUGAGAUUCCCCUGAUCCAAAAGCGGGUGGACUGCCUGCACGAAGUUGGACAAAUCCUACUGAAGAAAUACGAUGGACGAUUUGAAAAUGUAAUCAAGGCAGCUGAUAAAUCAGCAGUGCGUCUGCUGGACCUUAUUGUGGAAGAGUUCCCCUGCUUCAGGGAUCAAGCGGAGUACGCUGGCAAACGCGUCUCCAUUCUCAAGCGAGCUCAGAUCCUGGUGGGCGAUAUAUGGUGUUGCUAUCAGGGAAAGGGUCUUGGCUACUUCCACGACAUUGACAAGAUCACCAUGUUCGCUGACUACCGCGUACCUCAGGUUUUAGUGCUCUUUGGCAGCUUGGAGUACACCCCGGAACUACUCGAGUUCCUUAAAACCGACACCAUCCUCGAGAAUGGUGAUCCGCGUGAGGUGGAGAUCCGAGGAGCCUCCAUUUAUAUCAUUGAACGAGUCAGGGACGAAGUGGUGAAGAUUCUGAAGGAAAAUCACCCGGAUAUCUCUUUGGAUAACGUCAACUCGAUCGUGAUUGAUCAAUAUCUGUGGGACUAUAGACGCCAGCACAACGCUGACCUGGAGCACAUCCCGUUCCACAAAGUGCUGAGCAUUUACUAUUAAAUAAAGACGCUGUGGCAUUCGUUAAA